AUGAAAUGGGCAACUGUUGGGGCCAGGGAAACGGGGAGAGCAGGAGCCGCGGGGGGACCCACCGCGCUCGGAGGCGCCAAGGAUGCUCCGGAGAACGUGGCCCUGCUCGAGGCACGCUGUGCCUCGCCGAUGUCUGGUGGCGUGGGUUCAUCCGAAAUCCUUUCCCCCUGCUCCAGGGUAAAUAUAGCCCCGCUGGCAGGUGGCAAGGCGCAGCGUGACUCAGUGGGUGCUCGCGGGGCCGAGCCGGGCUCCUGUGCCUCCGGGAAUAGCAGCUUCGGCCACCAGCCCCCAGCCGAGAACUGCAACAUCAGCUUCAGCAGCACCUACAUCUUCAUCCAACCCAGCCAUGGCAUCAUCUCCACCCAGGAUAACAGGCUCAGCAGCACCUCCGACACCUCCGAUGUCUCCAUCCCACAGGACCACGGCACCGUCUCUGACCCCCCCAGCCAUGCCCAGCUCCCCGGCCACGGGACAUCCGUCCAGCUCGACGGUGGUGCCAGCCCCAACCUCGCCCAGGACCCCCAGGCCCACUCCUGCUCCCAGCUCUCCUGCACCCACUGUGAGCCUGGGUCCCAGCAGCACCUUGGCCACCAGCUCCAGGAUGACACUGGCCAUCAGCACCGGCCCCCCAGCCGGCAGCUCAGGACCCCAGCCAGGGAGGGUGGGAGGGUCCUGGGCUGUUCCCCGGCGGCGCCGCCCCCCCGCAAUUCCCCCCGCAAUUCCCCCAUCCUCUUCAGGAAACUCAUGAUGAACCAGAGCAUCCGCCUGCAGCGGCGCUUCACCGUGGCACAUCCCCUCUGCUUUGACCUGGAGAAUGGCCCCCCAGGCCGAGGCACACUGGACCCCCAGGCCAGCCCGGGCGCGGGGCUGGUACUGCAAGGCACCUUCCCCCAUGGCCAGCGCCGCGAGUCCUUCCUCUACCGCUCUGACAGUGACUACGACCUGUCCCCAAAAGCCAUGUCCCGCAACUCCUCCAUUGCCAGUGACCUGCAUGGAGAAGACAUGAUCGUCACACCGUUUGCCCAGGUCCUGGCCAGCCUCCGCACCGUCCGGAGCAACCUGAGCCACCUCCAGGACCGCGCAGACAAGCAGCAUGAGGUGGAGAUCCCCUCGGCACUGGCCAAGGACAAGGAGAAGGAGCGGAGGAAGCGUCCCAUGUCCCAGAUCAGCGGCGUCAGGAAGCUCACGCAUGGCUCCAGCCUCGCCGCUGCCGGCAUCCCCCGCUUCGGGGUGCGGACAGACCAGGAGGGGCUGCUGGCCAAGGAGCUGGAGGACACCAACAAGUGGGGCCUCAACGUCUUUAAAGUCGCUGAGUACUCGGGCAACCGCCCGCUGACGGUCAUCAUGUACAGCAUUUUCCAGGAGCGUGACCUGAUGAAGACCUUCCGCAUCCCCGUCAACACCUUCAUCACCUACAUGCUGACGCUGGAGGAUCAUUACCACGCUGACGUGGCCUACCACAACAACAUCCACGCCGCUGAUGUGGCUCAGUCUACCCAUGUCCUCCUCUCCACGCCCGCUCUGGAGGCUGUCUUCACAGACUUGGAGAUCAUGGCUGCCAUCUUUGCCAGCGCCAUCCAUGAUGUUGACCACCCUGGUGUCUCCAACCAGUUCCUCAUCAACACCAACUCAGAGCUGGCGCUGAUGUACAACGAUGCCUCAGUGCUCGAGAAUCAUCACCUGGCUGUGGGCUUCAAGCUUCUCCAGGAGGAGAACUGUGACAUCUUCCAAAACCUGAGCAAGAAGCAGAGGCAGUCUCUCCGCAAAAUGGUGAUCGACAUGGUGCUGGCCACGGACAUGUCCAAGCACAUGAAUCUGCUGGCGGAUUUGAAAACCAUGGUGGAGACCAAGAAGGUGACCAGCCUGGGGGUGCUGCUGCUGGACAACUACUCCGACCGGAUCCAGGUCCUGCAGAACAUGGUGCACUGCGCCGACCUCAGCAACCCCACGAAGCCGCUGGAGCUGUACCGGCAAUGGACUGACCGCAUCAUGGUGGAGUUCUUCCGCCAAGGCGAUCGGGAGCGGGAGAAGGGGAUGGAGAUCAGCCCCAUGUGUGACAAGCACACUGCCUCCGUGGAGAAGUCCCAGCUGGGCUUCAUCGACUUCAUUGCCCACCCACUGUGGGAGACGUGGGCCGACCUGGUGCACCCUGAUGCCCAGGAGAUCCUGGACACACUGGAGGACAACCGGGAAUGGUACCAGAGCAUGAUCCCACGCAGCCCAUCCCCACCGCCUGAGGGACCCGGGGUGUCCCCUGCUGCCACCGAC